AUGGGGCGCUAUGUGCGGCCGCGAGCUCGCGAGCCCAUUUUUAGCGAAGGCCAUACAAACGAGUUUUGCGGAACCCGGGAUUCCACCCCCGAAGCCGCCGGCGCGUGCGCCCCGCUGCGCAUCGGUCGGUGGGUAUAUGAGAAGGGGGCGGGCAAGCCGGAAGCCAGAGGCAACUGCUACUUCUCCCACCCGUUGGCUGCGCGGAUCCGCCCGUCUUGGUGGUUGCGAGCUCGCGAGCCCAUUUUUAGCGAAGGCCAUACAAACGAGUUUUGCGGGGCCCGGGAUUCCACCCCGGAACCCGCCGGCGCGUGCGCCCCGCUGCGCAUCGGUCGGUGGCCUUCGCAGGCCGCUGUUGGUCCCAUUUCAUACGUCGCCGCCUUCGCGUGGUGCCCUACGGUCUGCCGGGGUACCGACGAUUGCGGCGAGCACCGCCUCAGCACCGCUGCUGCCACCGGCGCGACCUCGCCCGGGGGUGCGCGCGGCAUCUGGGAAGACUCUGCAGGCGUAAGGGAAUACCCCAUGUGCGCCGAGGGGUGGGCUAUGUGGGUGCUUGGCGGUUCGCCAGACCUUUCUAAAGCCACCGGGGGUACCUACCGGUUGGGGACGCCUACAGGGCUGAACCUCCCGGUCGGGCCUCCUCUUGGGGCGCUUAGGCGGCGACUUCGGGGCGCGAUCGCUCCCCGCUCUCGCCCGCCGACGGCGCUCUGGGGAAUUCAGGAGGGGAAAGCAGAUGUGACCCGCGGCUCGACCGGCGCAUUGCCGGACGAGCUGCGCGGCCACGCGGGCCCCCGCGCCCGCCGACCCAGUAACUUAGUGAACUCUUCCGCCCUGAAACACGGGCGGUUGGCCCUAACCGGCUCACGAUAG